ACGUCCGCCGGACGCCAAUAUCUAGGGUUUCGUCGUCUCCGGCUCUUCGGCUGCCGUCUCGAAUCGUCACCAUGCCUCGCCGAAGCUCCGGUGGUCGUCCUGCUCGUCGUGCUGCUCCAGUGAGGAAUCCUCCUCAGCCUGCACAUCGGGCUCCACCUCCAGCUCCUGUUCAGGGUGGUGGCUCCAUCCUCGGAGGAAUUGGAUCCACUAUCGCACAAGGCAUGGCGUUUGGCACGGGGAGUGCUAUUGCUCACAGGGCAGUUGAUGCUGUUCUGGGACCUCACACCAUCCAGCAUGAGACCGUUGCAUCUCAAGCUCCUGCUGCUGCCACCACCCCAAUGAGUAACGGUAGCACAGAUGCAUGCAGCAUCCACUCAAAGGCUUUCCAGGAUUGCCUCAACAAUUAUGGUAGUGACAUCAGCAAGUGCCAGUUCUAUUUGGACAUGCUGAAUGAGUGCCGCCAAGGAUCUGGUGCUCGCUUGGGUGCCUGACUUAUUAUGAUCAUGGCCAAGUUGAUCAGCAUCCUUGUUUCUGGGUUCGAGCAAUACAUCACCUAUCCAGGUUCAACUUUUAUCUGCUUGAUGUUUUCAUUCACCUGGACCCCAGAAUGUGAACUAGAAACGAUCUUGGCUUGCUAUAAUUUUGGUCUGUAAGAACAGCGUUUUACUUCAACUUAUUAUUAUGUGUUGAUGAUGUUUAAAUCAGUUUUAGGGGCAGAAUAACUACCUGCAAAUUUAUUAUUUUGGUUAAA